AUGUCAUCGAUUGUCGUUGGAUCUGGAGCUCUUGCCGAGACUGUUGUCGGACUUUUGUGUGCUGCCGGAAGACGUGUUUCUUUGGUGGCCCCAAGUGGGAAGGUCAAUGCCCAGAAGUUUGACUCGACUGUCAUCAAGGCUAUUCUUCAGGAGGAUUCUGAAAAGAAAAUUCCAUUCGAGUUCAUUGAUGAUCUCAGACAACAACAAAAACUUGCUGAGAAGAACUUCAAGAAGAUUAAUGUGACAACCGAUCUUUCAAAAAUCGAGGCUGCUGAUCAAAUCAUCGACGCUUGCUCUGCCGAUGAGAUGUCUCUCUUCACUCAUGCUACAAAAGCAGUUCCAAACGCUACAAUCAUUUCUUUGAAUGGAGACAAAUCCCCAAUUCAUUCCGAUCACGUGUCAGUCAAGUUGUACAGUCCAAUUCGUGAGACAAAGACUGCCAAGAUGUUUACCAACGCUAAAGUCUCCAAGAAGACUCUCGAAGAGGUCAACCAACUUUUGGAUUCCAUGGGCUUCACUGUAUUGAGUGAGGAAGAUUCUCAAGUUGCCGAUCGUCUGGUUCAGGAUAUGCAACAAGUUGAGAAGUCACGUCCACUCUCAAGACUUGCCUCGAUCCUUGUGAAUCCAUUGAACACUCCAGUCACUCCACAAGUGCCAAAAGAGCAAUACUUGCUCUUCUAA